AUGGCAGGCCCUGAAUUUAUGGAUCUCCCCGCGAAGAUUCAGAUCAAAAUAAUCCAGUUGGCGAUUCCUCCAAUGAUCCUACCAGAAUAUCUCUUCAUGGACGGAAAGAUUGGGAUGAGCAACGAGCGCGACGCAACCCGCGCUAUCAUGGCGAUAUGCCACAAAUUCCGAAAUCUCCUUCUUAGUGCCAGACCUCUUACCGGCCGUAACUCCACUUGUCAAGUAUUCACCUUUGACAGUGAACGUGACGCGCUUUUGGUCAUGGGUAUGGACAUGCCAGCUUUCCUCAAAACCCCUCGGACUCCCAGCCUUCGUGCCGUUCGUCGGCUCGUGACCCUUCACCCUUUCCCAAUUGGGUGGGCUUCAUACACCUACAUGCAGAGAUUAAUUCUACGUUGCCGGCAGCCAUGGGCCAUCAAUGUAACGGAUCAUCACCCACGCGAUACUGCUUAUGAGGAGAAUCUACCAUUCGAAACAAGUUUUCCCAUCGCCCAAGAGCUAGGAUCUCUUUGUGAGAUGGAUGUUGUGAUUAAGACUGCUCCUGGCUGGUACAUCUCCUCAUUCCAGCAAUAUGGCCCCCAGCCGGAACAUCGACGACUCCGCUGGACUAAUCUUCGGUUGGAUGGCUACGACGAUAUUGAAGAGAUCCCAAUGAUUGGCCUACACGGUUACAGCAAGACUCGCCGUGACUGGCGCAGCCAGCGCAGCCAGGAGUUUUCUCAGGGCGGACAAUGGGCUGGUUUUCGUGUUUACCUCGAGUCCGAGGAGGUUGAAUUCCGACCACUUACUUGGGAUGAAGUUGAGCCUAUCAUCCAUCGACAACAGCAGCCUCAAAAUGGACGCCAAUUUCUGGGUAACCAGGACCCAGAAUUCGUGUCCCGAGUUUAG